AGCACCAACUAAUGUUGCACACGUGACGGAGGAAGCGUGCCUAUCAAGUGUAGCAGUUGAGGCUGACAUGUAACCUCUCCGACUCCUUGAUGCUGUGUCAGGCUCAGCUUGCGUUUAAAUAUGCUGGUAGAUGAAAAUAAAGUGUUUUUGUGUCGGGUUAUUGAAGCCGUAGCAGGAACCCCAGACUAAUACUUGGGAACGUUGCUCAAUCUGUAGAGCCCCUGCAGAAGAAUGGCUAAAGGACCACAAGAAGGCCGGGCGAAAACAUUUGUGCUGGCCGGAUCGAAUGGUCACAAUGUCCAUCAGUGGCAGGCUUUCGUGAACGAGAGGCAGAAUCCCCCUGUCGCCGCCGACCACACGUCGAGGAUGGCCCGUGUCGCCUCACACGUCAGACAGAAGUGUGCAGCUUAUGUGCUAGCUCUGAGACCGUGGAGCUUUAGCGCCUCGCUCAUACCCGUGGCCCUCGGCAGCGCCUUGGCCUACAAACUGGAGGGCUCCGUGGACCUGCUCGUCCUGAUGGUGUGUGCUGUGGCUGUCCUCGUUGUCCACGGGGCAGGGAACCUCGUAAACACCUACUAUGACUUCUCUAAGGGAAUUGAUCACAAGAAAAGUGACGACAGGACUCUGGUGGAUGAAAUUCUGGCGCCGCAGGAUGUUGUCAUGUUUGGUGCUUUGCUGUAUUCUUUGGGAUGCUUGUGUGCCACGCUGCUCUACUUCCUGUCUACACUAAAGCUGGAGCAUCUCGCUCUUAUUUACUUUGGGGGACUCUCCAGUUCUUUUUUAUAUACUGGAGGCAUUGGCCUUAAGUAUGUGGCCCUGGGCGACAUCGUAAUCCUCAUUACCUUCGGCCCUUUGGCUGUCAUGUUUGCCCACGCCGUGCAGGUUGGUUACCUGUCGGUGCUGCCGCUGGUGUACGCCGUCCCGUUGGCCCUCAACACAGAAGCCAUUCUCCACAGCAACAACACCAGAGACAUGGACUCUGACAAGCAAGCAGGAAUUGUCACUCUGGCCAUCCUCAUAGGCCCCACACUCUCUUACGUCCUAUACAACCUGCUGCUCUUUGUCCCGUACGUGCUCUUUUGCAUCCUCGCCACCCGUUACACCAUCAGCAUGGCCCUGCCUCUGCUCACGCUGCCAAUAGCCUUUCCUCUGGAGAAACAGUUCAGGAGUCGAUGCUAUGCCAAGAUCCCCCAAAAAACUGCCAAGCUCAACCUCCUCAUGGGGCUUUUCUACGUUUUUGGGAUCAUUUUGGCACCUCCUGGCAGCCUGCCAUUAUUGUAAAUGAUUAUAUUUAACAUUUCAUACAAACUCCUUUCUACUUGUACACAUCUGUCUGAGGGCUUUGCUGCUUUAAUUUAUUGUUUUAAUUUAUGAGCUGAACAGAUUUAGUUUGUCGAUCUUCUGCGACAGAACGAGGCAGGGUUCCUGCAGUAUUAAGUCAUCUACCAUGUGUUUGAAGUAAAUUAAAAGUACGCCAUUUUAAAGGGGUUCUCAAUAUUGAAGGGUAGAUAGAAUCUGCAGUUGCCAGAUUUGUAGUUUUAAUAAAUACAGAGCAUUGAUUAAAGAAAGCUCAUGAACCUUGAUCUUUAUUUCAGUUUUUUUCUUUGUAUCAUAUGUUUGAGUGACUUGGUUAUUAUUUUACUCUGGAAAACCAAAUAGUGUUUUAUUGGAUCGUAAUAAAACUCACCAAUGUUGGUUUACCAUGUUUUAUUUUUGGUCCAAGUAGAAAAUGCUAAAACACUCAAAAGACAAAUAUUUUUUUAAGCACUUAAAGUUUUUGCGGGAAUAGUUGGAGCAGCAAGAAUUUCUUUUUUUUUUAAAUAUAUUAUUAGCAACCUUUUGUGGAGGUUUGUUUGGAUAACCACACUAGUAGCUGCUUCCAUUUUGCCAACAUGUUACUUUCAGAGUUUAUUUUAUUGACCAGCUGUAUAUUCUGACUCAAUGAUGGAAAAAAAGUCUGGCAAGCUAAUGUUUCCGACUUCCACAUCAGGGAUCACACUGGAGUAACAAUGUUCAGAGGGAAACCGCUGGAGCAUGCCGUCACAAAUGACCUGAUAUCUGAUGCAGAAAUUGUUUCUUAUUGAUUUCAUAUGUAUUAGUUAUGCUGAAAGUCACUCUUAUAAUGUUGGGAGGAUGUAAUUUUUUGUGUGUGCAAAUAAAUGCUAAUUUACCAAGAAAGGAA